AUGAGUGAUCAGACCCCUUGUUUAAGUUAUAUUGCUAGUUCACCGAUGUUACAGCUGAUUUGCUCACUUGAUCAUGUGGCCUAUCUCAUAGACAACGCAUUUGCCGAGGCCAAUGCAAUCACGAAUUCACGUCUUUGA